AGCUUACAGCGGCCAAUCCAUCUCGAAGUUUAGAAUCUGCGCACGGACUCGACCUUUUGGCUAAGGCCAACCAAUCGGUGACUUAGUCGUCUUCGCCGCAACGGCGCUGCAGCACCCUGAGUGGUGACGCAACACACUUAGCACUAAGACUUUGAAGUCAACUGCCACCGCGGAAGCAGCUUUCCCAGGAUCCGAUCCGUUGCCAAAAAGUGCCAUGUGCUCAGAUCUGUAGUCGAAAGCGGCAGAAGAUGGACGCCAACGCGCUAACCGCCUCGGUUUCACAUGACGGCACCAUGGAUGCCAAAGACGCAAAGCCACCGACUGUUUACUUUCUUCACACUGACGUUGCUUCUGUAAAAUCGGCUACUCUGCUCUAUUCUACCGAGUAACUAAGUCACAAGUAUGACUUGGCCAAAUCCAUUUCAUGGGCGCACUGAGAACACUAGGAGGUCGUGGGCCUAUAAAUUCGAGUGGACGGAAGAUCACCUCACACCCGAGCAGGCUGAGCCGCUGAAGCACUCCUACGAUGUUCUUGCGGAAGAGUGUUUGCAGAGGCUCAACGCGAUUUCGCCACCACAGAACGGAGCCCUACCAAGGAACAGCGACACAAAGUCGGCUCCUAUUCGUACCGAAGGAACAGAGGAAGAAAAAGGAGAGGUCUACCCGGUACCAAAGCGAGAUCUGUACGAACUGCUCAAGGAACACCAUGCUUCAGAUGCCAAACUUGAUGAGCUGUGGCAACAGAUCAACACUGUGCCUGAGUGGGUAGAUUGGGACCAGAUCGAAAGAGGUCAGGACGUGUUCUACCGAUAUGGGGGGCCAGCACUAACCGGCCUUACCUUUCAAUCUCUGCUUGGUGGCAUGGGUGCAGCGCGAGUUGUCGAGACUUUGGCCAGAACCGGAGGAUUCAACACUAAGGUAGCAAGAAGACGACUGUUCGAAACCACUCAGCACAUUCUGCAGUGUACUAGGUCUCUUGAAGGGAUCAAACCAGGUGGUGAAGGGCACGCUUCUUCGGUCAGAGUCCGUCUGCUACAUGCAGCCGUGCGUCAACGAAUUCUGAAGCUCACAGAAACAAAGUCAAGUUAUUACAACGUUAAGGAGUGGGGGAUACCAGUCAACGACCUCGACCAGAUCGCGACAAUUGGAACAUUCUCAUCAUCCCUUAUCUGGCUCAGCUUUCCGCGUCAGGGCAUCUUCCUCAGCAAUCAGGAGAUUGAGGACUACCUAGCUCUGUGGCGGUAUAUUGCAUACAUCCUCGGUACACCAGACGACUUCUUUACCACAACGCCGAAAGCGAAGGCUGUCAUGGAAUCGCUUUUCUACAACGAGGUGCAUCCUUCAGAGAUGUCAAAGACCAUGGCCAACAACAUCAUUCUCUCCCUCAAGGAGACGCCACCGGCGUUCGUGUCUGCCGAUAUGCUGACUGUAUCCGCGAGGUGGCUCAACGGAAAUGAGCUGUCUGAUGCUCUUGGCCUUAGACAGGUGUCUUUGUACUAUUGGGCACUGAUGGCCGGUCAAUGCGUCUUCUUCGCAGUCUACUGUUACAUGAACAAACUCGUCCCUGCCUGGGACAAAGACCAUAUUCGCCGGGCAAAGAUUGUGUUCUGGGAUGUCAUUGUCAAGGCGAAAUGGGGGCUAGCCAACGAAGAGACCACUUUCGACUUCAAGUAUGUGCCUGAGUACGAUACUUUGACGGAACUGGGCAAACAUGAGGAGCGGAAGGUGACGAGAUCUGCUAUCGAGCAACGAAACCUGAGGACGUUUGCAAUCUUUGCUGGUGCCACUUUGGUCGGCCUAUGUGUUAGCACAUACGCCACGGUAAAGGUGGCUUCUCGCAUCUUGGGAGCCAUUUGGUAAUGCGUUGCAUUGCGUGCUUUAGUUCUCUAGGUCAUAUUUGAGGCAUAAGAUCUACCUUCGUAAUCUCCGACCAGCUACAGGCUGUGCAGAGUGACCUACAACCUGUGGGGUGCAGUUGUUGUUGCAAUGUCCCAGUUUCAAUAUUUCAACACGGCGUAGAUGCCAUUUCCAGAUGUUGUCACAACUUUAAAGGUCUUCACGUAGCCUGUCAAAGGCUGUCUUUGCUGAUUAGAGUAGUUUGACACUUUGGCACUGUUCAGUCAUGUAUUCUUUCGAUCAUAUCCCUUCAAUUUUAGUCAUUGCGCAUCUUCACUUCCUCGCGAGUUUCUACUUUACGUGUUCAAAAAAACUCACCCACCCAC